AGCUGCACAUGAUAAUGAAGAGAAUGAGAUGGCAAAUUUUAUUGUGGAUGAUGGAAUAUCAUAUGGAGAUAGAUCACCUAUGAGGUGUUUCAAGAUGAACCAAAAGAAGUUGAAGCAAGUGGUAACCCUUUGUUCGUCUGCAUUAAAUGAUGUGGGUCCUAUUAUUGGUGAUGUCAAUGAGAUCCUGAAUCGUCAGAAACAAGUUAUGGCUAUAAAUGUCAAGCUGGAUGAUUCUAGUGAGUUUGAGCCGUUUUUUCUAGCUGACAAGUAUAUGACUGAGAGGGAUAAUCAUGUAAGGGAGACUGACAUGCCAGAGAGGAUGCAGAUGAUCGAGGAAAUUGUUGGACCUCUUCCACUUGAUGAAAUGAGCAGAGAAGAAGAGAGUGCGUGGGUACUUAAUCAACUUGUAAUGAAUUCAGAUUUGUUAUUUUGCACAAAAAGAACUACAGAAAGAUCUGGAGAAGGAUCUUUUCUACUGAACAAAAUAAAGAAGGCAGAUAUAAUGAAGUUUUUGGAAUUGCAUCAUGUGGAGAAGUUUGAUAUUCCAUUUAUUGCCAUGUAUCGGAAGGAGCAAUGUCGUAGUCUACUGGAUGAUAUAGAGCAAGAUGAGGCUGAUAGCAAAGCUAAUAAUGAUGCUGGACGAGCAUGCCAAUUAAAGUGGCAUAAGGUACUUUGGGUCAUAAAAGAAUUAGACAGAAAGUGGUUACUUCAUCAGAAGCGUAAGAGUGCUCUUCAGUUGUACCAAAGGAGACGCUAUGAUGAGGAAUGUGUGAAUAUUGAUUAUAGUGAAAGCUAUACAUUGAAUAAGCAGUUGUUCCAAUCAAUCUCAAAGUCUCUCAAUAAAGCUGAAUCAGAGGAAGAGAUUGAUGACGUAGAUGCAAAGUUCAGCUUGCAUUUUCCUCCAGUUGAAGAGAGAAUGGAUGGAAAAUUUAAGAGGCCCUUAAGGAAAUCACAGUAUAGUAACUGCAUGAAGGCUGGCCUAUGGAAGCUAGCCAGCCAGUUUGGGUAUACCUCUGAGCAACUCGGUUUGCAAAUUGCUUUAGAGAAAAUGGAUGUGGAUUUUCAAGAGUAUCCUGAGGAAUCACCAGAGGAGAUAGCUUUAAAUUAUACAUGUACUAUGUUCGAAACUCCAGAACGGGUGCUUAAAGGUGCCAGGCAUAUGGCUGCAUUGGAGGUCAGUUGUGACCCAUGUAUCAAGAAACACAUUCGUAGUAUUUUUAUGAAUAAAGCUGUAAUCUCAACUAGGCCUACUCUUGAAGGAAAUGCAACUAUAGAUUGCUUUCAUCAAUUUUCAGGAGUUAAGUGGCUACGUGACAAGCCUCUUUCUAAAUUCAAUGAUUCUCAAUGGCUUCUUAUUCAGAAGGCUGAGGAAGAGAAGCUCGUUCAAGUUUAUAUAAAGUUACCAGAAAGUACGCUGAAUGAAGUGAUCACUGGCUUUAAUGAUGCCUACCUAAUUGAUGGUGCUGGAAGAGCUGCUCAGCUUUGGAAAGAACAGUGCAAGUUAAUUCUACAUGAUGCUUUAUUCAACUUUUUACUUCCUUCUAUGGAGAAGGAAGCUCGGAACCUUUUGACCUCCAGAGCAAAACACAUGUUGCUUAUGGAAUUUGGGAAGGAAUUAUGGAAGAUGAUUUCUGUUGGUCCUUAUUUGUACAAUGAAAAUUUUGUUGGAUCAGUGGAAAGUGUUGCACCAAAAGUAAUGUCAUGCUGCUGGGGGCCUGGAAAUCCUGCAACAACAUUUGUGAUGUUGGAUUCAUCAGGAGAAUUGUUGGAUGUGUUGGAAGCCAGAUCCUUCAACCUACGGUCGCAAACCAUUGAUGCCCAGCAGCGCAAGAAAAAUGAUCAGCAAAAUGUCCUUAAGUUCAUGAAGAAUCACCAGCCACAUGUCAUUGUUAUUGGUGCAGCAAAUGCAUCUUGUGUGCGAUUGAAAGAUGACGUGAAAGAGAUUGUUUCAAAAUUGGAGGAAAAUCUUAGAGACCUUGGCCAAGCUAUGAAUGGGAUUAGUGUUGUUUAUGGUGAUGAAUCCUUGCCUCAGCUUUAUGAACAUUCACAGGUUUCGUCAGAUCAGCUUCCAGGACAACCGGGCAUUGUCAAGCGAGCAGUUGCUCUUGGACGUUACCUCCAAAAUCCAUUGGCUAUGGUUGCCGCACUUUGUGGGGUUAAUAGAGAAAUUGUAUCUUGGAAGCUUAGCUCUUUAGAGCACUUUUUAACACCUGAUGAGAAGUAUGAGAUGAUUGAACAGGUGAUGGUUGAUGUUACAAAUCAGGUGGGUGUUGACAUAAAUUUCGCUGUGAGCCAUGACUGGUAUUUUCCUUUGCUUCAGUUUGUUUCUGGACUUGGACCCCAAAAGGCUGCCUUGUUACAAAGGGAAAUUGUUGGAUAUAGAGCAGUUAAUAAUAGGAAAGAGUUAGCUAGUUUUGGACUUAAGACAAAGAAGGUUUUCCAUAAUGCUGUUGGUUUCUUGUGCGUCCGUGGCAGUCAUCUGCCAUGUACUAGCUUUGAUAUUGAUCUGUUGGAUGGUACAAGAAUUCACCCUGAGUCAUAUGAGCUUGCAGAGAGAUUGGCUAAGGCUGUGUGUGAUGAUAUUACAGAAGCACCCAUAGAGUAUGUUAAGAAGGAACCUCAGCUGCUGAGUUCAUUUAAUAUUAAUGAUUAUUGAGCUACUUAUGAAAUAGAGGAAGGUGAAAAUAGAAGAGAUACCUUUUAUCAUAUUAAGAAGGAAUUGCUCCAUGGAUUUCUAGACCCUCGUGAGCCUUAUAAAGUACCAUCCCUUGAUGAAGAAUUCAAUAUGAUAUGUGGCAAAAAUGGGACUGCACUUGCUGAAGGAAGCCUUGUUCUAGCCAUAGUCCGGCAUGUUGAAUCACAACGAGCUUUUUGUGUGCUGGAUUCUGGCUUGACUGGGAUAAUAAUGAAGGAUGACUUUUCAGAUGAGGAUGGUGAUUUUGCUUUGGAAGACAAGCUGCAUGAGGGUGAUAAAGUGUCCUGCAAGGUUAAACAAAUUGACAAGAGUACAUUCCAGGCUUUUCUGACUUGUAAAGAGAGUGAACUGAAGAGGAGCAGAUAUGAAGAUAUUCUUGAAGUUGAUCCUUACUAUCAUGAAAGUGGGAACAUAUUAUUAAAUCAGCAGGAGAAAGCUUGUAUGGAUGAGAAGCUUGCUAAGAAGCAUUUCAAGCCAAGAACAAUUAGUCAUCCCUUCUUUAGAAACAUGACAUUGGAUCAAGCAAUGGAGUUUCUAUCAGAUAAGGAUGCUGGUGAAAGUAUUUUCCGUCCAAGUUCAAGAGGCCCAUCUUAUUUGACUUUAACUCUAAAAGUCUUUGAUGAACUUUACGUUAACAAAGACAUUGUUGAAAGUGGGAAGGAUCACAAGGACAUGACGAGCUUGCUUCAUCUUGGGAAAGUAUUAAAGAUAGGGAAUGAUAAGUUUCGUGAUUUAGAUGAGGUUAGGGACCGGUAUGUUAUCCCAUUGGUAAAGCACUUGAAAGAAAUGCUAGGUUUCCGAAAAUUCAAGAGGGGUGCAAAGUCAGAGGUUGAUGAAGUCUUGAGAGCGGAGAAAUUGGAAUACCCUAUGAGGGUAGUUUAUUGUUUUGGCAUUUCUUAUGAGCAUCCAGGCACAUUCAUUUUGUCAUACAUAAAAAGUAGAAACCUUCACCAUGAGUACGUUGGUUUGCUUCCUAAUGGAUUCAAGUUCAGGAAACAAACAUUUGAGAAGAUUGAGCACCUCGUGGGAUUGUUUCAGAAAAAUAUUGAUCGCUUACAGCACACGUCACUGACAUUGGGAAAUCUAGCAUUUGGGAAUUCUUCAGGAGCAUGUACAAUUGGUGGUUUGCAAGGCCAGUUGAAUUGUAGCAAAGACAGAUCCAUUUCAAGAGGAAGGAGUUUUUAUCAUGGAGAUGGAAAUGAUGAUGGAGGGAAAAUGCAUCCAAGUGAAUUGCCUAGGCCGCACAAUGGCUCAGGCCAUCACUCUUCCAAUGAUGGCUUUAACAGCUUUGGAAACGAAGAUAAAGAUCCUAGUCAAGGUGCUGCUGCAAAAUGGGGCUCAUGUUCUGAGAAUCAGGACAGGAGAAAUGAGAAAUGGGGCAGGACAAAUAACAAAUUGGGCAACGAUAUUCAUUUUGCCCCCAACAAUGAAGAUUGGCCUGGUGGAUGGAGCGAUGGUGUUGGUGCCAGUGGUAGAAACUGGGAUAGUGGUGAUAGAAGGGGCAGUGGUGGAAACUGGGAUAGAAAUGAUGGCACCAGAAACAGUGGAUGGAGCAAGGGUAUUGGGGUUGAUAGGACUGGGGAAAAAUGGGGUCAACGUGGUGGUAGAGGAUCUCGGGGUGGUUGUACCAGUGGCUGGGGCAGCACCAAAAAUGGUGAUAGCAGUGGCAGUGAUGAAGUUUGGCGUGCUAGUGGAAACAAUGUGCAUGUACGUGGGCGUGCUCAUACCAGUGGUUGGGGCGCCACCAAAGAGAGUGAAAGUGGUGGCAACUUUGGGUACAAUGAAGGAGAUUGGCCUGUUAGUGGAAACAAUGUGGGUGGACAUAGGCAUCAUGGUGGUGGACGUGGCCGUGGCUGUGGCUUUAGAUGUGGGCAUGGUGGUAGUAGCUGUUGGGGUGGCACCAAAGAGGGUGAAAGUAGUGCCAGCUUUGGUGGCGACGAGGGAGCUUGGCAUACCACUGGAAACAAUGUGUGGGGACGUGGGCGUCAUGGUGCUGGAUGUGGAGGUGGUCGUAUGAGUGGUUGGGGCGGCAGCGAAGAGGGUGAAAGUGGUGGCACCUUUGAUGGCAAUGGGGAAGAUUGGCAUGCUAGUGGAAACAAUGUGGGUGGACAUGGGCAUUGUGGUGGUGGACGUGAUCAUGGCCCUGGGCGUGGAAGUGGGCGUGGGCGUGGUAGGGCUGGCAGUUGGGACUGCGACAGGGGAGGCCACAGAGGAGGUGCCAGAAAUGCAUGUAGCUUUGGUCGUGGACGAGGCCGUAGUAAUGAGAGGGGUGAUAACUGCCACAGGGAAAGUGAAUCUGGUCACAAUUCCUCUAUGGUUAAUGGUGGCUGGUGAAAGUUCACCUGCAUGCAGACCCCUUGGUAGCAUAUUAUCAUAUAAACUUACUUUCUGUGUUAAUAUUUUGGGGCUGUAAGUUGGUGGAAGAAUGCUUACUUUCUAAAAACAGUAAAUCUUUAAUGAAGCCAAGCAC